AGAAAAUGUUCGUUUGUUUAUCAACCGUAUUGAAGUCAAAACUAAAAUUUCGUGGAAAUUUAUUCAAGAGAAAAAAACAAUUACAAAAAUGUGUGCAAAACAAAUAAAGCGAUAUUGUCGCAUUCCAUCAUGUGAAAACAAUCGCGGUAGUACACGAGAAGACCUUCGACUGUUUAAAAUUCCUUUUGACCCCGAGACCCGUGUGAAAUGGGAAGAAGCGUGUCAGAAACUGUUUGGUAUGGAUUUUAGGUCAUCAACACCAUAUAUUUGUAGUGAUCACUUUCACCCCGAUGAUCUUUGCAAGAAAAAAAAUGGAAUAACAUAUAAGACUGGACGGGUUCCAACAAUUGGUACCCGAGCAACUAUCAAACAGGAACCCAACAAUGAUGUUGUUAAUAUGAUCAAUUUCGUUGACAUUGAUGCAAUUAAAAAUGAACCCGGAACUGUUAACAGUACCAGCAUACACUCGCCGAAACAAUCGACACAACAAGAGCGGCAAUAUGAAAUUUACGUUGAGGUAGAACCAAACGACUGUCCGAUGUGUGUUGAGUAUAAGGCAAAGAACGAAACACUCAAUCGAAAAUGCGAUGACUUGAUGGAAGAAAAUAAGAUACUAAAAGCGAAAUUGAAAGAUUUUUUGGAAAAAAGUGAAAAACCACCAACGAUAACGAAGAUACGAAUGCAAAAAUGUCAAGUCUGUCUAAUUUCAUUAACACUAGGUGAAUUGGAACAGCAUUUAUGUAUGAGUCAAACGGAAAUUGAAUGUCAAUAUUGUUUAGCUACAUUCAAAUCGACUAUUGCAUUGGGAAGACACUUACAGGAAGCGAAACAUGAAGACAUGACCAUGUAUCGUUGCAACAAAUGUAAUUUGGUCUUUUUGACAGCAUAUCUGCUUAAGUGCCAUCAAGAGUUUGAGAAAAAACUGCCUCGAGAUGAUAUCACAGAUAUUGAUGUACCGCUCACUAAUAAAAUUUACAAGUGUGGUGUCUGCGGUUUAUCGUUUGAACAAUCGUAUGAUUUGGGCAAACAUUGGAGAACAAACCACAAGGGGAAGAAAACACAAAAUAUUUACGUAGAUAUUGAUGUGCCGCUCAUUAAUAAAUUUUUCAAGUGUGCUUUUUGUGAUUUAUCGUUUGAACAAUCGGAUGGUUUGAGCAAACAUUUGAAAAAAAAUCAUAAUGAAAAGAAACCCCAUUUAUACGAAUGUUACCUGUGUAAAAUCCGGCUAAAUUCAUACAUGAAGUUGAAGCAACAUAUUAAGUUACAUCGUCGAGAUAAAAAAUGCGGAGUUUGUGAAGAAGAUCUCACGUUGCAUGAACUCAAUAAGCAUGCAUGUUGUGAGGAAGGAAAAAUCGCGUGCGAAUAUUGUAAUAGUUUGUUCGAUACAACAGUUAAGAUCGUUGAGCAUUUAGAGAGCACGCACACUGAGAACCGGACGAUUUAUCAGUGCCACUUGUGUCCACGAUAUUUUGCAAUGUUACGCCUUAGAGAAUUUCACGAAACACACCACAAAGAUACGAUAAAACCAUUUAUAUGUGAAUUAUGCUCAAAAGCGUUUACCAAAUCCCAUCACCUGAAAUUACAUUUGAAAAGACAUAACACUAAAAUUACAUCUCUCUGUAGUGAAUGUGGCAAAGGGUUCGCCACAGCAAAAGAUCUGAACGUACAUAUUUCUGUUACACAUGAGAAGGAGUCUUGUAAAACUUACACCUGCAAAGACUGCGGAAAAGUGUUUAUCAAUUACCAACUAUACAGUGAUCACAAGGAGCUUCAUUUAAAUUUGACAUACAAAUGCAAUCAAUGUACUUCGACCUUCUUUUCCAAACGUAAUUUAGUGAGCCAUAUAAAACGAUUACACUCUGGCUUCAUUCCGAAAAAACGUUUUGUUUGUUCAUAUUGCCAAAUGAAAUUUGAAAAAGCCAACCGUUUAACUAUACACCUUAGAAAACACACAGGAGAAAAACCAUAUGUAUGCGAACAUUGUCCGAACAAGAAAUAUGCAUAUAAACAAGACUUUGUUAAACACGUAAAUACCCAUCUUAAAAAUGGAUUUUAUAAGUGUGAAGAGUGUGACCAGGGAUUUCAGCGUCUCAUUGAAUUACGGCGACAUUCAUACACUCAUUAUAAGGAAAAAAUGGCUGACACCGGUGAAAGUUCAUCGACGAAUAUCAAUUAAUAUUUACUGACCAUGAAAUGUAACCAACUGAUAAAUUACUACCCGUAAAUAAAACAGUAGUUUAUUUUGAUUAUA